AUGGCUCAAAACAGUUCGGCAACAUGUUUCAAAAGAACAUAUGAGAACGCGCUGAAACUUCUCGAAACUAGGAGAAGAAAAGUCAGGCCCAAGCAUGUAGCUAACGCUAUUCCCAAUACCACCAACAAGACUUUCACUGAAGCUCGUUCGUCUCUCCGCGGGACACCGAGCAUUACAGGCAUGAGCAUCUGGCUGCAGAAGAUAGGCUAUACGGAUACCGAUGUAGCAGCCUUGAACAUUGUCCACGUCGCUGGGACGAAGGGCAAAGGCAGUACUUGUGCCUUCACUCAAUCUCUCUUACAAGAAUGGGGCAAAAGAACAGGGUUCCCAAGCAAAAUUGGUCUCUACACUUCACCUGAUCUUACAUGCAUUCGAGAACGGAUCCAAGUUAACGGGAAACCGAUCUCAGAGGAUUUGUUCACCAAGUACUUUUUCGAAAUCUGGGAUCGGUUGUUCUCACAGGAUGAUAGAAUCGUUACCGACGGUGAAAGGCAGCCUCGAUAUCUGCAAUUCAUGGCUUUGCUAGCCGUUCACACCUUUUUUCGGGAGGGGGCCCAAGCGGCCAUCUUCGAGACCCAUCAUGGUGGCGAGUACGACGCUACAAAUGUUGUCUCUGCACCCGUAGUGACCGGAGUAACCUCCAUCGGACUAGAUCAUCUGGCUCAGCUGGGCCCCAGUAUUGAGGACGUGGCUUGGCACAAGGCAGGUAUCUUCAAGAAUGGAUCUCCUGCUUUCUCUGUUCCGCAGCUUCCCGCAGUCGAAACUGUGUUACGAUCUCGGGCAGUUGAAAAGGGCGUCCAGUUUGAAGUCGUUCCAGUCAAUCCUUCUCUGCCUCUCCAUGCAAACGCGUUGCGUGCGCCGGUGCAGCGAAUGAAUUGUUCCUUGGCCAUCGCGUUGGUCAACGCUUUCCUCUCCAAAAAGAGCCCCAAUGAGGAAACGGAGCUUAGCGAUCAAGAUAUCGCGAGAGGUGUCGAGAACUUUUCAUGGCCUGGCCGAUUUGAGGUGAUCAAAACGUCCAGAUGUACUUGGUUCCUCGACGGAGCUCACAAUGAGUUGAGCAUUGGGCAAGCGGUUGAGUGGUUUGCUGAGAUGACGAUGGCUUCUUCUGAGCGGGAUGUUUUCCAACAAACUUCCCCGUAUAUGAUCAUCUUCUCCCAUAUGUCGGAAGAGCGAGAUGGCCCGUCGUUGUUAAGAGCAUUGGCGGCUGCGGUCGAGCGGAGUGAUAUACCGUGUCCUGAGAUGGUGUUUACAACGUACCAGGAACGACGUGAUGGGAAGAUUCGACCCGAUAAGACUUUGAAACCUCCGGAAAACUGGCUGGCCGAUCUUCCGAAACAAUACUGCGACUUAUGGAGGGCGAUUCAUCCUGCUGCAAAGACCAGGUACAUACCCUCCAUUGAGGAAGCAUUGGGAUAUGCAGACAGUGCCAGCUCUCAACGCGGGAGUUUGCAAGUUUUGGUGACUGGCAGCUUGCACCUGGUCGGUGGCGCACUUUACUUGCUGCAACGGUGGAAAACGGACGAGCACUGA